GUAUAACGGUUUCUAGCUUCUAGGACGGAUUCUUCUGUCCUUCCAUCUUUCCUUUCCUCUCUCUGUAUCACAGGAUGAUGACAUUUUAAUCUUACAGCCGCUCUUUUUUCUCUGGAACAUUUCAUGCACGUCGUCUUGGUGCUGCUUCCAUCACGUCAGCUCUCAUUGUCCCCUCCUGAGGUUUUUUUUUGCGAAUGAAGGACAGAAGAGCGAUCAGGUAAUAUGGAUUACACAACACUGUGACUGGAGAUUGCAAUGCAGUGCAACAAAAUACCAAUUCUGAGGAACUGAGGAACCGACGAUCCCAGUGGAUAGAUCAGCAGCUAGAACCUAGACACAUGUCAUGUCCUGUUUUUAUGGCUGGCUACUGAGGGAUUUUCUCAAUGGAGAAACCGAUCUUGCGUAAUGAUAAAAUGCGAGUCUAGACUUUGCACGAUGGAGGGAUGGGAUGCAAACCAUCUGUUGCGUGAGAAGGAAAGCAGGAGAAGCAUCUGUGCGUGAAUGGAGAUAGAGAACCGAUACAUCACUGUGCAAUUACAGAAACGUUGUUAUUGUUUGGACUUUUGUUAACAGUCGCACCUCAUUUUGAUCUGAACAUCUUCCAGCUCUCUGUGGUUGUUCCUCGUUUGGAGACAUGCUCUGAGUGAGUGAUGGGUUAUUAAUGCUAAUACUGUGUUUUCCCCUGUUUAAUACUCUGAGCUCAACCCUUUAGGUGUGUUGAUAUUCUCAGAUUUUUACUCCAGUGUUGCCGUCUCUACUCUAAAAAGGGCUCCACAUGAGCAACUCAGGGACCCUUCAGCGUCGAACCACCUACCUCAUCUCCCUCACUUUGGUCAAGGUCGAGGCCAUAGGGAGCGAUGAAGGGACCAAUGAAGAGACCAAAUCCCAGAGUCCCACCUCAGCCCAGGGUCUCAUUCAGGGCCCUGAGGAUGGAUCACAAACAAAGGAAGAAGAGACCAAGCCUUCAGAGGAUGACAAGGAACUGGGACGUUCUGAGAUGAAAGAGCAGAAAGUGGAGUUUAAAAAGCCUAGCAGGAGCAACAAUGGAUGUCCAAUUAGGACACUUCCUCCAAAACCUAAGGUUCCAUGUUUCCCUCCGGUGGUGAGUCAAUACAAAGUGAGGGAAUUUCAGAAAGAUACUGAAGUUCCUCUCGAUGGAAAAGAGAAGCAAGAGGAGGAGAUGACUAAGACGGAUGUCUCUAAAAUGGAAAUUUUCAAUACAGAUUUCUACACUCCAUCUUCAGAAAGAUCUUCAGACAAUGUUGUGUCAAACGGAACCUCGAUCCGUCCCAGUGUUCCCAUCCGUCUAAUCCAGCGACCUGAGACGUCCCUGAGACCUCACGCUACAGUUACCAUGAAUCGCCGUGAGUUCAGAGAUGCCAGCAAGACCAUUUCCUCCUCUGCCAAGAGCCUGGAAGUAAAAGCUAGAGAACACUCGCCUCCAGUGACCAUCACUAUGACCAUGGGUCCAUAUCGGGCCUCCUGGUCAGAAAGUGAAGGCAGAGGAAUGUACCAGCGUUUAGCCAUGGAACCUUUAAUGGCAGCAGAGGAAGGACUUCCGACAUGGGAAAGCCCUCGAGUGGAAAAGCUUAAAACCAUCUCCACAUCACUCCCAGCGCCGGCCUCCACACAACCUCCUGUGAAACCCCAGCGCAAAGGCAAGAGCCGCACUCUGGACAACAGUGACCUAAACCUGCUCUCUGAGGACCUGAAGAAAGGAAAGGAGGCCCAUGUUGGAUCCGGGCUACGUUCUGCUACUCAUGCUCCAGGAAAAGACAGAAAAAUGCUCAAGUUCAUCAGCGGUAUAUUUACUAAGAGCAGCCAGUGUCCUGUAGCAGCUCCAGUGGUUCCUGCUACUCCGAUUCCACUGCACAGCCCCCUGAGGAGGCGCUCGAGUGAGGAAGAAGUGAGUCAGGAGUGGAUAUUGAGUCGAGCCCUUCAGGAUCUGCAUCUGGCGGUGUUGGGCGGUUUGCGCAGCGGCAAAUCAGCUCUCGUCCAUCGCUACAUGACUGGUCGCUACCUUGCUCUGGAGACUCCUGAAGUGUGUAGGUUUGAGAAGGAAGUGUUGAUUGAUGGACAGAAUCAUACUUUGCUGAUCAGAGACGAGGCUGGACUCCCAGACACACAGUUGUGUAGUUGGUUGGAUGGAGUGAUUCUGGUGUUCAGUCUGGAGAACGAGAGCAGCUUCCUGGAGGUUUAUAACAUUUACAGAGAGCUGUGUGUGAAUCGGAACAUCGCUGAAAUCCCCUUCAUCGUGGUCGGAACUCAGGAUAAGAUAACGAGCGCUAAUCCUCGUGUGAUUGAUGACGCUCGGGCGAGACAGCUGUGUUCAGACGUCCACCGCUGUGUAUAUUACGAAACCUGCGCCACCUACGGCCUGAACGUCAACCGUGUCUUUACUGAUGCUGCACAGAAGAUUGUGUCUAUGAAGAGGCAGCUGGCUCUCUACACGUCCUGUAAGUCUUUACCCAAUUCUCCCAGUCACUCUGGCGGGUCCACACCACUGUGUGCAACAUUUACACCACAGGCCAGUAAUGGAGGUCAGAGCAGUGAUUACUCCUCCUCUCUUCCCUCCACUCCUGUGAUCACUCAUAAACACAUCAGCAUGGCAUCUGGAGGAGAGAAACUCAGCCGAACAUCUCAGUUCACACUCCGUAGAGGGAGUGACUCAGACCGGAGGAGUACAGACAGUAAAAUAGAUUUUGGAAUCGGUCGCACAAUCCCAAUUAAACAGAGUGUGCUGCUGAAGCGCAGUGGAAGUUCUCUUAAACAGGAGUGGAAGAAAAAAUAUGUGACAUUAACCACUAAUGGCACCCUGAGUUACCAUGCCAACGUCAGCGACUACAUGCAGAAUGUUAACGGUAAAGAAAUCGAUUUGCUUCGUGUGACGGUUAAAGUUCCAGGAAAACGCCCCCCACGGGCUGUUCCAUCCUCUGCACCCCCACCUGGGCUGAAUGGAACAUUCCAGGGUGAGCAAACAGCAGAUGACACUUCUUCAGCCUCGAUGUUGGCAAGUGCUCAUCUAUCAGUAGAUGAUGGUGCAGGAGCAUACGGCCAGAGAACCCCGUUUACUCUCUCCUCUGUGCACAACAUCGAUAUCGAGGGUGUGUUAAACCCGACGUUAAUGAAAGAGCCGAGCACAUCUCCUACAGCAGACAGGAAGAAGCAGCGCAGGAAGAAGAAUGUGACUCAGAGAUCAGAGAGUACGCUGGGACAUGCUGAAGCCAAACGCAAAAUGUGGAAAAUAAAAAGCUUUGGCAGCCUGAAAAACAUAAACAGGACAGAUGAUGAGAACUGUGAGUUCCUGAUCGUGUCCAGUUCAGGGCAGACGUGGCAUUUCGAGGCUCAGAGUUCAGAGGAAAGAGACUUGUGGGUUCAGAACAUUGAGAAUCAGAUCCUCGCCAGUUUACAGAGCUGUGAGAGCAGCAGGCACAAGGCGAGGAGGAACAGUCUAAGUGAAGCCGUGGCGAUUCAGGCCGUACGGAACGCUAAAGGGAAUGCGUACUGUGUGGAUUGUGACGCACCCAAUCCCACAUGGGCGAGUCUGAACGUCGGGGCUCUGAUCUGUAUCGAGUGUUCAGGGAUCCACAGGAACCUGGGCACUCACCUGUCCCGCGUCCGCUCUCUGGACCUGGAUGACUGGCCAUACGAGCUCACGCUGGUCCUCAUCGCCAUCGGAAACCACAUGACCAACAGCAUCUGGGAGAAACGCACGAGAGGACGCCAGAAACCACGACCCGAUGCCACGAGGGAGGAACGUGAGGCCUGGAUUCGGGGGAAAUAUGAGCAGAAGUUGUUUCUAGCUCCUCUUUCCUCUCUGACUGACGGAUCGGACACUCCUCUCUCGGCCCGCCUCCACGCCGCUGUGAUUGACAGGGACCUUCCCAGAUUCCUCCUCCUGUUAGCUCACAGCACAAAGGAGGAGAUCAAUGCUCCGCCUCCCUAUAUGAUUCGCUACGGUAACGGAGGUGUGCACCAGUCCCAGUCAGCGCUGCAUGUGGCGUGUCAGCUGGGAGACGUGGUGAUGACACAGCUGCUGAUCUGGUAUGGCAGUGAUGUAAGGAGUGUAGACUCUGGAGGACAGACGGCUCUGGCUCUUGCUCGGCGAGCAGGUAGUCAGGGUUGUGUGGAGAUCCUGCUUCAGUACGGUUGUCCCAGUGAGAUCAGUCCCACCAUGUCCUCCACCUCCAUCACUUCUCCAUCAGGAGCAGCCAGUCCCAGUCUCUCACGCAACAGCAGCUCCACCAGCCUGAGCCGCGGCAGCAACAAGAGACACCUGUCCUGAAGGUGAAACAGGUCCAACAUGUUGAAAUGAUCCGUCAGAGAAAUUAUUUUCCUGUGAAAUAAACUGGGACUUCAGUGUGAGGUGUGAAGAGGAAACUGAGAUUAAAUACUGUGAUAUGAACACUGAGGUCACCAACCACUUUACAGCAAACACAAAUCACCAAGUAAACACAUGUACAUAUAGAGUCCAGAAUAUUUGUGUAGAGAGAGAGAGAGAGAGAGAGAGAGAGAGAGAGAGAGAGAGAGAAAUAUAAAUGUAGAUUACAGAGAUUCUGACUGAUUGAUUAUUACUGUAUGGAAGAACAGAGUGGGAUCGUGCAGCAUUAGAUGUAAGGUGUGUGAGGCAGAUCCCCCUGACCACAUACACACUGAUUAGCCUGCGUUAGCAUGCUGUGAAAUAAGCUAGCGUAUUAGCAACACACAAAUCAUUAGCUAAUAGAUUAAAAAAGUAUUAACUACAUUAAGCUGGUGUUAGCUAAAGACACAUAUUAAAUACAAUAAAUAAUUUAUUAAAUAAGAGUUACUCUGAGUCAGGGGGAACGACUCUGCCAUCAGAGGCACUUUAGAGAAAAAAAUAUAUAUUAAGUUUUAGUAUUUUCAUGACUUUCAUCACUUCCUCUGCCUUCACUUCCUCUAUCACUUCAAAAGUGGACGAGGGGAAGCGGACGAGGGGAUUUAACACAGUAUUGGAACACAUCCCUGAAAUCUGUUCUGGUUACAGUUUUGAUGAGUUCGAAGGUUCAGUAUAAGUGAUUUAACAUUUUUAAAAUAAAUCUGUAGUGAAGUAAGAAACAUUCAGUAGUAAAGGAUAAGAAUAAACUCUUUAGACCUGAAGUUACUGUCGAUCAGCAGUUUUACGGCUCGUCACACUGAGUUAAUGCCUUGCGUUUCAUUUGAAUGUAUUUCAGAUUGUCAUGAUUUCAAUGCAGUGUUUCUAACUGAGCUGGUGUGUGUGUGUGUGUGUGUGUGUGUGUGUGUGUGUGUGUGCCGUUGCCGAUUGUGCCAUUAAACCCAUGAGCUAGCACAUUACUCCUUCAGCCUUGUAGUCCGGUGUAGUUAGAGAGCAGACGAGUGACUCUGCGGCUCCUGAUGUAGUGUUGAAUCUUUACACUUGGUAUUUUGCAGGUCUUUCUUUUUUCUGGUAAAUCAGACGUACUAAAGAGAAAUAAACAUGCGAUGUGUUUCAGUAACUUCAUCCCUCACCUUUAGUGCUUCUGCUCUUCUCUGUGACUUUCUUCUCUUUUGCAGUUUUGACUGAAUGCAUUUAUUCAUGUGCAAUGUUCCAGAUGUUUUUUCUACUUUUA